AUGUUCAAGAAACCCGGGAAGACCUCUAAUAUCCUCGUUUUUAGUGAUCGAAAGCUGGAAACGACCGCCGACGAAACGUUGAAGCUGGAGGAAAGACUCCACAAUAUGACCCUGGAGCGAACCCUCAAAAUCGCCAAGGAGCUCUUGUACAUGCAUGAAACCGAUCCAAACUUCUCAGGCGACACUUUGAACCAGAUCAAAGACUUCCUCGCCAACCCACCGACGACAGAUACACCAGAAAAGAACGAAGAGCUCAGGUUGAUGAAGCUCGAAGCUCUUCUGGCUGUGGAGAAUUCGCCGUAUGCAGAAGUGCGCGCGAAUGUCGACCCGACGGAUGAUCCUGAUAUGCCUUGCUCCACCUUGCGAGCUUGGCUAAUCGGUAUCGUCUUUUCGGCCGCUGGCACUUUCAUCGACACCCUGUUUGCAUUUCGAUAUCCCAGCAUCGCCAUCUCUGCAAACGUGGCUCAGUUGGUUGCAUAUCCGGUGGGAACUUUCUUCGCCCGUUACCUUCCUCACUGGAGCUUCACGGUUUUCGGUCAGAAAUUCGAACUGAAUCCUGGCCCAUUCAGUAAGAAAGAGCACAUGCUCAUUACCAUCAUGGCCAACGUCUCCUUCACCGCACCCUACACCUUCUACAUCAUUCCUGUCCAAGCCAUGCCGCAGUGGUUCAACAUGUCUUUUGCACGUAGUCGAGGAUACCAGUUCUGCAUCUCAAUUGCCGUCAACUUCUUUGGCUUGGGUAUGGCUGGUAUCUUACGCCGAUUACUUGUAUUUCCUUCGAUUGCCAUCUGGCCCGCAAAUCUCCCUUUUGUCGCACUGAUCAAAGCGUUCCAUUCGGAAACAGAUGAGCCGGUUCCUGGACCGUUCAAACGCAUUUACACCUGGACAAGACAGAAGAUCUUCCUAUGGGCAACAUUGGGCAUGACCCUCUAUUUCAUGCUACCGGGAUAUCUUUUCGCCGCUCUCUCCAUAUUUUCGUGGAUCACGUGGAUAUCCCCUAACAAUAUCACUCUUGAUGCGGUAUGCGGCGUGGCGGGUGGUGUCGGCUUGAACCCGUGGCCUACGUUUGACUGGAAUAUGUUUACAGGCUCCGGGCUGUCCGGACUGUAUUUGCCAACAUUCGCUAUAGCCAACCAAAUUGCCGGCAUCAUCGUGGCGGCAAUCAUGAUACUUAUCAUCUGGUUUCGCAACGCUUGGCAAACGGGGUACCUUCCCAUCAAUUCGAACGGAACAUUCGACAAUACCGGAAAGAACUAUAACGUGUCCAAGGUCCUGAACCAAGGGAACAUAUUCGAUGAGACUCGUUACGAAAAAUACUCCCAGCCAUGGUUCUCGGCUGGAUUCAUCGUGUACAACAUCUGGUGCUUCGCCUCGUAUUCUGCCGUCCUAUCCUACGUCUACCUGUUUCACAGAAAGACCAUUUUCCGCAGCUUUCGCGGCAUUUACCGCCAGGUGUUCCAUAGAGGGGACGACACCGAAAUCGAAGAGGAUGUGCACUGGCGACUCAUGCAAUCCUACAAGGAAGUACCAGACUGGCAUUACAUCGUCCUCUUACUGGUCCCGAUUGCCUUCGGAAUCGCAGCUCUCAAAGGCUGGCCAACCGGCGUGGGCGUCGGCCCUCUUUUCUAUGGCCUGAUCAUGCCCGCCGUCUUCAUCAUCCCAAUCGGCAUCAUCCAAGCAGUAACGGGGAUCCCAGUGGCCAUCAACAUCCUAGCAGACAUAAUCGGCGGCGCCAUCAAUGCCGGGGACGCAAACGGCUUGAUCUACUUCAAGUGCUGGGCAUACCUAUCCUCCUGGCAAGCACUGAGUUUCUGCCAAGAUCUCAAGAUGGCACACUACAUCAAGAUCCCUCAACGCGUCACUUUCUGCGCACAAGUCGUCGCGACCUUCAUCUUCUCCCUCGUCUCAGCACUCCAAUACAACUUCAUCCUCGGCAUUCGAGACGUCUGUACCCCCAAGGCACCAUUCCGGAUGACCUGCCCUUACCAGAAAGGCUACUACACCGCCACCGUCUUCUGGGGCGUCAUCAGUCCCAAGAAACUCUUUGGAGACGGUCAGAGGUAUAACAUGAUGCUCCUCGGCUUCCCUCUAGGUUUCAUCCUCGUAUUUCUCUACUGGGCCGCGAGGAAAAUGUAUCCUCGCUCAACAUUCCUUCGACUCGUCAAUCCCGUCGUCUUUUGCACGGGACCCGUGUCUUUCGGAGCACCGUACAAUUUGGCCUUCCAUCUGCCGAAUCUUUACGUCAACUUGGUCUCUUUCGUGUAUAUCCGGAAACGCUAUCUUGCGUUCUGGUCGAAGUGGAAUUAUGUCAUCAGUGCGGCAUUCUCUUGCGGGAUUGCCAUUGCUGCUUUGAUCAUUUUCUUCGCUUUGGAAUUGCCGAAGAACGGGACUCUGGAAGUUAACUGGUGGGGCAAUUCGAUCGUUGAGAAAGGCUGUGAUGGUCAGGGCGGUUGUCCAAGAUUGACGCUUGGAAAGAAUAGCACUUUCGGGCCCUCUUCGUGGUCAAGCUGA